AUGGGCUCAAUUGAGGCAGCAAUUGCAGCAAUCAAAUUGCUAGAACCAGGAGAACAGUUCAGCUAUCGUAAAGUUGCAGCAGAGUAUCACUGUUACUGUACAACGCUCGCGUGGAGGCAUCAAGGCAUUGCAGGCUCACGCAGUACCAUGGCAGAAAACCAGCAAGCGCUCCACCCCCAGCAAGAGCAGGAGCUCUUACGCUAUAUUGAGCGCCUUACAAGGCAAGGCCUACCUCCCUCACAGCCUAUAAUACGACGCUUUGCUUUGGAGAUUACAAAAAAGAGCUUAGAAAAGGCUAGGUUGAUUAAUAUAUCCAGCGCCACAACGUCCAUCUCAUCUCACGCUGGACCACUGGCAUCGAUCGCUCGCGCCACCAGGCUGACUCUCUAUCAAAGUAUAGCCUCUACUUUGAGCUUCUGCGCAGCAAGCUCAGCCAAUACAAUAUUGAGCCUCAUGAUAUAAGUUAACCUAAACUAUCACCGAGUGUCCCACAUCACCGAGUGUCCCAAAACUUGCCAAGCCCUCUAC